AUGGAGGAAGAGAAGGGAGAGGUAAAGACAUUUGCAGAACUUGGCGUGCGUGAGGAGCUAGUGAAAGCUUGCGAAAGAUUGGGAUGGAAAAACCCUACCAAAAUUCAAGCCCAAGCCCUUCCUUAUGCUCUUCAAGGUAGAGAUGUAGUUGGACUAGCGCAAACCGGUUCUGGUAAAACCGGAGCCUUCGCUUUGCCUAUAGUGCAAGCACUUCUGGAGUAUGUUCAUGACUCUGAGCCUAAGAAAGGGCGUAGACCUGAUCCUGCCUUCUUCGCUUGUGUUUUAUCUCCAACUCGAGAGCUUGCAAUCCAGAUUUCUGACCAGUUUAAAGCUCUAGGAUCUGAUAUAGGUCUUAGGUGUGCUGUGCUUGUUGGAGGUAUGGACAGAAUGGAACAGACUAUUGCUCUUGCGAAGCGGCCUCAUGUUAUUGUUGCAACACCUGGUCGUCUGUGGGAUCACAUGUCUGACACCAAAGGCUUUUCUCUUAAAACAUUGAAAUAUCUGGUUCUUGAUGAAGCGGACGAGCUGCUGAAUGACAAUUUUGAGAAAUCUGUUGACCAGAUUUUGGGAGAGAUCCCCCGCGUCCGUAAAACAUUUCUGUUUUCAGCGACUAUGACGAAAAAGGUUCAAAAACUUCAAAGGGCUUGUUUGAGGAAUCCUGUCAAGAUUGAAGCUGACUCCAAAUAUUCAACUGUUGAUACUCUAAAACAGCAGUACCUGUUCGUUCCUGCUAACCACAAGGAUUGCUAUCUUGUGUACAUUCUGAGUGAAAUGCCUGAAUUAGUAUCAAUGGUUUUCACUCGGACCUGUGAGGGCGCUCGUUUUCUGGCCUUGGUGCUUCGGAGCCUUGGAUUCAGAGCCAUUCCUAUCUAUGGUACAAUGGCUCAGUCAAGGAGACUAGGAGCCUUUAACAAGUUCAAAGCAGGGGAAUGCAACAUUUUGGUCUGUACUGACUUGAUUAGCAGAGGGCACGAUAUCCCAUCGGUCGACGUGGUUAUCAAUUACGAAAUUCCCACACAAUCAAAGGAUUACAUUCAUAGAGUGGGAAGAACUGCUCGUGCUGGACGUUCUGGUGUCGCGAUAUCACUUGUAAACCAGUAUGAGCUCGAAUGGUACUUACAGAUAGAGAAACUCAUUGGCAAGAAACUACCAGAGUAUCCAGCUGAGGAAACACAAGUCUUGCCGUUGUUGAAGGAGAGAGUUGAAGAAGCAAAAAGAUUAUCCGCGAUGAACAUGAAAGAAUCAGGCGGGAAGAAGAGAAGGAGAGAAAAUCAGGCGGUAACAGAAAGAAACUCUCCAAGAAGUUUAGAUGAAGACAUGCUCUAUUGA